AGAAGACGCGGUCAAUCUCUGCCAGUGAUGAGAUAGAUCCAAUCGUUUAAUCCGAAAUAGAUAUCCUGCCCUUGCCAGAGACGAAAGAUGGCGAAUUCAGGGCAAGCGAAAGAAUUAAUGAUCGACGGGAGGGAACUGAGCCGAUCAAACAUUCCCACCGUCCCCUUAAAACACCCUGGCUGAUCGUUCAUCGCAAUCAAGGUUCUCCCUGGCAGCAGAAUCAAUCGUGUUUUUUUAAACUCACCCUCUUUCCUUCACACAGCAGCUUCUACACCUGUAAGCUGACCCCUUCAUGAACCUGAGUGUCAGCCUGCAGCGCAAAUCAGCCAUGUACGGGUCAUGAUGCAGCAACCUCACCAUCAUCACCCGCAUUUCCUGUCCCAGGUGCGCCAGCCCACCAUCCUACGACUCCUUGCCAUUGCAGGGGCCUUCGUGUCCGGCUGUGCAAUUCUCUUCCUCUUUUCGCGCUCUGGGUCCGCCGACUCUCCCCCGCGAUCGAACGUCCACCGUCCGCUGUCGGCCAGCACCGCCAAUUACACCUGCUACGUGGAUCUGGACCUGCUCCGAUCGCACGGGUAUAACGGCUCGGUGGAAUACUCCCGGCUCGAGAUUGCCGUCGCCCCCACCGCGAACUUCACGGGCUACUCCGAUGCCCUCGACCUCAAGCUCCCCACCUCCGAGCCCCUCGCCCUCAGCGACGACGACGAGGCCGCUCGCGCACCCCUACCAGACGAGAAGUGCGCGACGACCCUGACGAUCCCGGGCCCCCCCGCGCGUCCUCCCCCCGAUGCCUCCCACAUGACCUUCGGCGUAUCGACGUCGCUAGACCGCCUGCUCGAGUCGCUGGACGCGUUCGCGCACUGGGCGGCAGGAACCAACGCGCGGAUCAUCGCGCUGACGGACGAAGGCGCGAGCUUCACGGACAAGGUGCGCAAGAAGGCGGAGCGGCUAGGCGUGCGGCUCACGCUCAUCGAGGCGGACGACGAGCGACUGGACCGGUACUUCACGCUCAUCCAGAUCCUGUACGAGCAGCGGGAGGAGACGACGGAGUGGGCGGUGCUCAUCGACGACGACACCUUCUUCCCGUCGAUGCGGAACCUGGUCGACCGGUUCGCGACGUACGAUGCCACGAAGCCGCUGUACGUCGGCGGCGUCACGGAGGACCCGAACCAGCUGUACAUGGGCAGCUUCAUGGCGUACGGGGGUGCCGGCAUCUUCCUGUCGAUGCCGCUGCUGACGCAGAUCUACGCCGAGUUCGACGAGUGCUACGACUUCAAGGGCGCGGGGGACCGCAUGAUCGCGCGGUGUAUCCAGGCGCACACGACGACGAAGCUCACCUGGGACCGGGACCUGCACCAGCUGGACCUGCGGGACGAUGCGUCUGGGUUCUACGAGUCCGGGCGCCCGCUGCCGCUGUCGGUCCACCACUGGAAGUCGUGGCACGCGGCGAACAUGGUGGGGCUUGGCCGGGUGGCUCGGAUCUGCGGCGACGACUGUCUGCUGCGGCGCUGGCGGCUGGCGGACGGGUGGUAUCUGAUCAACGGGUACUCGGUGGUGCAGUACUCGGAGGGCACGGACGAGGACACGCUGGUGGGGAUGGAGCAUACAUGGCUGGAUAGCAAGUACGACGGGUGGGACCCGUUCGGAUAUAGUCUGGGCCCGGUGCGGAAGAAGGACGAGGGCAAGGUGUCGUAUCGGUUGGUGGAUGCGGUCGAGGUGGCGGGUGAGGUUCGACAGAUGUACGUGCAUGAGCCGGGGGAGGGCCCGCCUCGGGUGUUGGAGAUAGUAUGGAAGGGUGUCUAAC